CGGGGUUUGCGCCUAAGCGGAGGGGCGGCAAGCCCGGGGGGACGAGCGGCCGCUAGCUUACAGCUCGAGGCUUAGCGUCCUAAGAGCCCAGCUGAUUCCUGCUCAGAGGCGAAGGAAAGCCGCAGGCGCUCGGGAGAGCGGGGCACUCGAGGAUGCUGUGUUUCUCCGCGCCAUGACAGGACGCCGCUUUGGAAAAUGCACCAUCGCCCUUUGCCUGCUGCCUUGGAGCUGCCUGAGCAUUGCCCACAGCAAUGCUGCCGGGCCGGCGACCACUUCGCCCGCCGCGGGGCGCCUCUGGAAGGGGCCGCUCGGAGACGCUGCCAAUGGGACCUCCAGGCACAGCAACGUUUCAGCGGAGUGCACGGCUCUCGUCCCGCCGCCCUACGGAUACUAUGAUGUGGACAGAGGCUCUGGCAGUUCUUUGGGCUCUGUCGUCACAUACUGGUGCAAAGAGGGGUACCAGCUGGUGGGCAGCGAGAAGCUGGUGUGCCUCCGCCGGGACGGCAUCUCAUCCUGGAGCCAUCGCCCACCCCACUGCGAGGCCAUCCCCCGUCCCCACGACAAGGGCUUCCGCGUGGCCGUGGUGGCCUCGCUCAUCAGCGGAGCCAUCAUCCUGGCCCUGUCCAUCUCCUUCGCCGUGUGCUGCUGGCGGGACAGGACGCUGAGGAGCUGCGCCCUGCGGCACGAGGCCAGCCAGGGGCAGCAACUUGGCAGAAAAUUCAGAGGAGGAAAGAAACGUGAUCCUGCAGCCCCAGAGAGAGGGAAGAUCGCUUUUGGGAGACUAACACACUACCACCGGCGUGAUUACCACCUCUCGGCCCUCUCCAGCUCCAUAUUCCCAGGGGCGUUUGCAGGCUGCAAUAAUCCAGCUUUCCAGAGGAGCCCGGAAAACUUGUCCAAGCUGUCCGCACAGAGCUCACACACCGAGACGCUGGUCUUCCCGCAGACGAUGCUACAGCCAGGCACGCCGCCCUCUGCCCCCACGUACAGUCAGCUGCUCCACAAGCCAAGCAACAUACUCCUGCCUGCAAUGCCCGGCCAUGCCAACCUCCCCAGGGACUUGCUCCCCAUCUGUUACAGAGGCUAUGAGGAACAUAAGCUCUUGAACAAGCUCGAGAGGCCAGUUUGAUAAUUUAAACUAUCACUCAACUCAUUUUUCAAAAUUAUUAUUUUAUAUAUAUAUAUAUUUUUUUUUUUUUUUGAAACACCACCUAUUUCUUGAAACUCUGUAGAGCUCAGGGAGGAAUUUCACAAGAGCCAAUUACUGCACCUGGGUUUUCCAAUGGAGAAGAUUGGACACUUCAUAUUAAAAGGCUUUUUGAUAUAAUCCUCCCCCCUGCCCCAUUUCCAGAAUUGCACAAUUCAGAUGUAAGUUCCUAAGUUACAAGGUUCUUAAUUGAUCAUUUUAGUGAAAAAGUACAAAGCUAAGUCAGAACAGCUCUUGGUUAAAAUAUAGUAUAAGCACAUACAGACUUUCAGAUUUUACUUUUUAAACGUAAGAGUCUGAUUUUCUGUUUAGGGCUCUUUUAAAGGCUGAAAGUGAACACAGCCAGUUACCAGGAACAAGGAAUCUAUGUCAUUAGAUAAUUGGAAGCAUUUACAAUUCAUUGCACUUGAAUGUAGACUGAAAUUUAAAGGAUUUUUUGUUGUUGUUUAGAACUCACCGUAUCUUCAACAUUUCUACACAGUCAAUCUUGGACUUGCAAAAUGCAGUGACAAGUAUGUAAAGAUAGUCAGUCAAGAGGAAAAUAUGAAUUUAUCUUUAACACAAAGGACACAGCAUGCUUGAAAAAGAACUUUGGGUUUCUCUUCCUUCUCUCUCCUAUUAGAAAUUCACAUCACAUGUACCAGGACCUACAGCAGUGCCCAAAGAGUGUGUCCUGAUUUGCAUGCAGAAAGCAAUGACACCCAUAUUUCUGUCCACGAUUUCCUGGAUAGAAAUGUAUAGGCGCGUUUCCAUGCACUGCAUGCAGAGCAUGUCGAGCAGCUUCAGGACACCUCGGCCCCUCCUCUCUUAGCACCGGAGAGCAGAUCUGUGCCUUCAGAGCAAGCCUGGUGCACUCUGGGUGCAGGGAGCCUGCUGAGUAAUACAGCAUCACCUGUGCACACAGAGAUGAUGUUUGCAUUUCAGGAGCUGCUACUGCAUUAGUCAAAACAGGUGCUGGCAGCCCAAAGAGUUGCAAUAAGAACCAGCACCCAGAACAUGAACCAGCACCAUCACCAUCCAGUGCUGAAGGAUGUAAACUAUGAUACUCCAUCUACCCU